AUGAUUUCACACAAAGAGGAAUCAUCCGGGUUUUCUGAUGCGGCGACUUUACGUACAUCACCCAGACAAUCUGAACAGGAUAGCCUCAUGAAAGCAUCAAGUUCAGUGGAAAACUACGCAGGAGAGAAAAUAUCUUACCCUGAUGAUGAGGGAGAAUCAAUGCCCACAGAACGUAAUCCCAAAAGAACUGGGCUAUGUUGCCGAAAUGUGAGCGAAAAGUGGAGAAUAACCAUAACAGGAGCAAUUUGGGGUUUUCUGACGAGUGUGGAACGGGCAAUUAUUUUGCCGACUAUGUGGCUAUAUUUGACAAACUACUGGAGUAAAGAUGUUGCCAAAGCCUACUACGGAGCAACUCUGGCUGCCUUCGGGCUCGCAAUUCUGGUCUGUACUCCAAUCUUUGGAUGGAUCGUUCAUAAAGGUAUCUCAAUGAAAAUAGUCCUGAUUGCUGCAAACCAGCUGGAGAUUCUCGGUAAUUUAAUCUAUCUGGUUGCACCAACCCCCUGGUUACUGAUACUCGGUCGACUCAUCUGUGGUAUUGGAGCUAGCAUUGAACCGCCACUGUACGCCGACCUUAUCGCUGCGACCAAACCCGAGGAACGGACUCUCUGCAUAAUCAUAUUCCUGGUCACUCGACAGGUUGGUCUGAUGUUCGGCCCAGCUUGCACGCUACUACUGCACAAUCUUUCCUUCAAAAUUGGUGAAGUAAGCGUGACCGUAUAUAACUCGCCAGGACUCUUGAUGGCUUGCUUUUGGAUCCUUCAUACGGUUCUUGUCAUCUGUAUCUACUCUCCGGGAGUGAAUCCAAAGCUAUUGAGCUCUGCUAGCGGUAGAUCUGAUAGUACACAAGUGCUUACGGAUGUGACUGUACAAGAGGAUAAACGCAGUUCUCUAGAGGCGCCCGAAAUGAAAGCAGGAAGCAGAUCAGAACGUCGUUGCCACAAAUGGCAUAAAGCGACUGAAUUUUACGGCCGCUUUACUUCAGUCACAAUCUAUCUCAUUAUCUUCGCGAGCUACUUUUCUGUCAUGGGUCUGGAGUCGGUGUUGAGUCCCUUCGCGGACACUCAUUUCGGCUGGACAGAGGUGGAAGUCAGCUAUGUGUACUUGAGCGCCAGCUUCCUCAUUCUCCUCGUUUGUUUCUUUCUGCAACUUCUUUCAAAACGCUUCGAGGACCGCCAACUUAUUUUUGCUGGUCUUCUGCUGCUAACGUUUACCUACGCCUGGCAGACACUGGUCACUACCAUGAUGGGCUGGAUGUCGAAGCCGGUGGGCAUCGCAAUGGUUCUCACGGGUGUUGCUCUGCACGUUAUAGCCAUACCCUUUCCUCUGGCCCUCUCUGAGUCCCUCUACACGAAACUGUUGCCUGUACAGGAGUCUCAUGCCGCCCAAUCCAUCCUUCGCACGGUAAUUAACGUCGCCUAUUUGGUGGGUCCCGCUGUCGGUGGCGCACUGUACUUCCUACCCAAUAUUGUCUUUCUUAUGAUGCUGGUACUGGUCGCCGUUCCGACCUGCAUGAUGCAGCAACGUUUUCUGGACUUUAAGCCUGACGUCCAAGAGGUAGCCAGCACGAGUAUCGAGCCACUGGAAACACAGUGA